AGACAUAGGCCUACAGGUGUUAGUGUUCGUUUUCUGUAAAUAAUGCGCCUUUUCUCUGGAAUGUGAUAAGAUGCUCACCAUGAUGUGCUCCAAGUAUUGUAAAGACUCCUUUUCCCCUUUAGGAUUUCUUUUUUCUGUGUUAGAAGUGCUUUGUCUAACUACAGUACUAGAAGCUAGUUCAAACAACGUCAAAACAACACCAAGUUAUGAACAAAGUACAGAAAUUGUCACAACACCAAAGAUUAAUGAAAACAAAACGAAAUGUUAUCCUUUUGUUGGCUGUUUUGACAACUUCCCGCCAUUCGAUAAUGCCCAGCUAGAUCUUCCUAAGUCGCCACAGGAAGUUGGCACUCAAAUGCAGAUAUUUACCAAUAGCAACCCAAACCAUGGUUACUUCUUAAAUUUUACAGACUUGGGUACUAUAACCAAAUCUCCAUUUAAAGCCGGACUUAAAAUUAAGUUUAUCAUUCAUGGAUUUAGUAAUACCAUUAAGACACCAUGGAUAUAUGAAAUGAAAGACGAACUUUUGAAACUGGAAAAUAUGAACGUUGUCGUUGUAACCUGGGGUCCUGGUGCUGCUUUCCCAAACUAUGAUCAAGCUGUAGCUAAUACCAGAAUGGUGGGAACACAGAUUCGAUUGAUUAUAGACAUGAUGGUCGAUCAUGCCCGUGCUAAAUUUUCAGACAUACAUCUUAUUGGACACAGUCUUGGAGCUCAUACAGCUGGUUUUACAGGAUGGCUUCUUCACGGACGACUCGCGCGUAUUUCCGGUAUGGACGCGGCUGAACCAGACUUUGAGCAUCAUCCAAUACAGAUUAGACUUGACGAGACAGAUGCUCAGUUUGUAGAUGUCAUUCACACGAACGGAGCUCCUUUUAGUGCCGGUGGUGCAGGUCUUAUGCAGGUUUCAGGACAUGUAGAUUUUUAUGUAAACGGAGGGGAAUUACAGCCGGGUUGUCCAAACCAGUUUUCUGGAGCAUUUAGUGCUUUGUUUGGUGGUGGAUUCAAAGGUGCUGCUGAGGCUGUUUCGUGUAGCCAUUCCCGAUCUCAUCAAGUGUAUACAGAAUCAAUCAACACACCGUGUCCAUUUACAGCAUAUCCUUGUAAUACUUCGAAAUCUUUUGAUGCUGGAAAUUGUCUUACUUGUGGUUCUACUGGCUGUUCACAACUUGGUUACUAUGCAGAUAUGUAUCGAGCACGUGGAAAACUCUUCCUCAACACGAAAGAGAAGACUCCAUACUGUGGUUUCCAUUACAUGAUUAAGUUAGAAUCUGGUUCACAAACUACUUAUGGAACAGUCAACAUCCAAAUAAAGGGAAACUUUGGAACGACAGGAUGGCUGGAAUAUAUCAAGGAUGAUGAAAUUACUAAAUACCAAACCUACGGCAAAUUGGUUAUGUCAUCGGUGGAGGUUGGAGAAAUUGAAAAUGUUGAAAUUAAGUAUAUAAAAAGGGGGAAGAGUUUUUUGCACAUGUGGGGAGGAGAAAGUCGGUAUAAUGCUAUAUCAUUGGAAGUCGAGUCGGGAGAAAUAGGUGGAAAUUACUUUUUCUGUUUGAAUGGUUUGGAUAUACCCCACGGAACACCUGUUACAGCCAAAAAAUCGACAACUAGAACAUGUGUCUAACUGUAUCCACAAUAAAGAUAUAGAACAUA